AUGUGGGGUCCCAGGUGCGUGGUCUCAGUCGAAGAAGGCGGAGGCAGGGACGAGGCCGGAGCACUUAUCCUCACCCAAUAUGGGGUCCCAGGUGCGUGGUCUCAGCCCGAAGAAGGCGACGAGGCCGGCGCGCUUUUCCUCAACCAAUAUGUUCCAGGCGCGUGCUCGGAGGCGGGAGCGCUUAUCCUCAACCAAUAUGGGGUCCCAGGUGCGUGCUCUCGCGGACCAGGCCGGCGCAAUAUGGGGUUCCAGGCGCGUGGUCUCAGCCCGAAGAAGGCGGAGGCGGGGACGAGGCCGGAGCUGGGGUCCCAGGCGGGGACGAGGCCGGAGCGCUUAUCCUCGACCAACGUGGAGUCCCAGGUACGCGAUCUCGGCCCGAAGAAGGUGAAGGUGGGGUGCUUGAAGCCAGAAGAAGGCGAGCUUCAAGAGGAGGCGACAACAAGCUCGAAGGACUUACUCUCAGAAUACGUUCUCGGCGCGUGGUCUCAACCUGAAGAAGACAGAGGCGGCGACAAGGUGCGCGGUCUCAACUUGAAGAGGAUGGAGGCGGGAACCAGGCCGGAGCACUUCUCCUCAACCAAUAUCGGGUCCGAGGUGCGUGGUCUCAACUCGAACAGGAAGCUCAAGCUGAAGAAGACAGAGGUGUGGAAGUUCAAGCUGAAGAAGACACAGGCGUGGAAGCUCAAGCUGAAGAAGGGCAAGGACAAGGUGCGUAUCCUCAAGAAGAAGAAGGCCGGGAGCGGGAACGAAGCCGUGCAGGCUCGCCUGCAUGGUGUCCCAGGUGCGUGGUCUCAGUCGAAGAAGGCGGAGGCAGGGACGAGGCCGGCGCAAUAUGGGGGUCCAGGCGCGUGGUCUCAGCCCGAAGAAGGCGGAGGCGGGGACGAGGCCGGAGCUGGGGUCCCAGGUGCGAAAGCGGAGGCGGGGACGAGGCCGGAGCGCUUAUCCUCGACCAACGUGGAGUCCCAGGUACGCGAUCUCGGCCCGAAGAAGGUGAAGGUGGGGUGCUUGAAGCCAGAAGAAGGCGAGCUUCAAGAGGAGGCGACAACAGGCUCGAAGGACUUACUCUCAGAAUACGUUCUCGGCGCGUGGUCUCAACCUGAAGAAGACGGAGGCGGCGACAAGGCCGGAUCGCCUAUCCUCAACUGUCAUGGGUUCCCAGGUUCGUGGUCUGGAGAGAACAGAAGCCGAGACCAGGCCGGAGUGCCUAUCCUCAAGCAAUAUGGGGUCCCAGGUGCGCGGUCUCAACUUGAAGAGGAUGGAGGCGGGAACCAGGCCGGAGCACUUGUCCUCAACCAAUAUCGGGUCCGAGGUGCGUGGUCUCAACUCGAACAGGACGGAGGCGAGGAGAGGCCGGAGUACCUAUGCAAGGACAAGGCUGGGAGGGCCCAUCCUCAACCAACAUGGGGUUCCGAGGUGCGGAAGUUCAAGCUGAAGAAGACACAGGUGUGGAAGUUCAAGCUGAAGAAGACAGAGGCGUGGAAGCUCCAAGCUGAAGAAGGGCAAGGACAAGGCGUGGAAGCUCAAGCUGAAGGAGACGGAGGCAAGGACAAGGCGUGGAAGCUCAAGCUGAAGAAGGGCAAGAACAAGGCGUGGAAGCUCAAGCUGAAGGAGACGGAGGCGUGGAAGCUCAAGCUGAAGAAGGGCAAGAACAAGGUGUGGAAGCUCAAGCCGAAGAAGACAGAGGCAAGGACCAGACCGGGCGUGAAGCUCAAGCGGAAGAAGACAGAGGCGUGGACGCUCAAGCGGAAGAAGACAGAGGCAAGGAGGAGGCCGGGCGUGGACGCUCAAGCCGAAGAAGACGGGGGCAAGGACCAGGCGUGGAAGCUCAAGCGGAAGAAGACGGAGGCAAGGACGAGGCGAACACUGAAGGAGACGGAGUCGCCGAAGGCGAGCCAUGGAGAGUGCAAGGAAUAUGCCCGAUACUUGGGCAUCGACCCCGGAUACGAGGGAGAAGAGACACACAACGCGAUGUUGUGCCCGAGCCUCGGCGAGGACGAGGCCGGAGCGCUUACCCUCAACCAAUAUGGGGUUCCAGGUGUGACGUCUCGCAGCCCGAAGAAACUGGAGGCGGGAACUACGGGGUCCCAAUCCGGAGAAGGCGAAGGCGGGGAAGAGGUGCGUGGUCUCAACCUGAAGAAAGCGGAGGGGACGAGGCCGGAGGGCUUAUCCUCAACCAAUAUGGGGUCCCAACCCGAAGAAGGCGAAGGCGGGGACGAGGCCGGUGUGAAGUCUCAUCCCGGAGAAGGAGGAGGCGGGGACGAGGCCAAAGCGCUUAUCCUCAACCAAUAUGGGGUCCUAGGGGCGUGUUCAGACAGCCCGAAGAAGGCGGAGGCAGGGUGCGUGGUCUCACAGCCCGAAGAAGGCGGAGGCGGGGACGAGGCCGGCGCGGACGAGGCCGGAGAGCUUGUCCUCAACCAAUAUGGGGUUUCAGGGAAAGCGGAGGACAAGGCCGGGAGGGCUUAUCCUCAAUCAGUAUGGGAUUCCGAAGCGUGGGAGCUCAGUCUGAAGAAAGCCGGAGGGCUUAUCCUCAACCAAGAUGGGAUUUCAGGUGCGUGGUCUGAAGCUGAGAAGACGGCGGAGGCGGGGACGAAGCCGGAGCGCUUAUCCUCAGCCAAUAUGGGGUGUGACGUCUCACAGCCCGAAGAAACUGGAGGCGGGGACGAGGCGGGAACUACGGGGUCCCAAUCCGGAGAAGGCGGAGGCGGGGAAGAGGUGCGUGGUCUCAACCUGAAGAAUCCGGAGAAGGCGGAGGUGUGGAAGCUCAAGCCGAAGAAGACGGAGGUGUGGAAGCUCGCCGAAGAAGUCACAGGCAAGGACGAGGCCGGGAGUGUGGAAGCUCAAGCGGAAGAAGACACGGGUGUGGAAGCUCAAGAUGAAGAAGACAGAGGCAAGGACGAGGUGUGGAAGCACAAGCUGAAGAAGACAGAGGCUCGACGAGACCUGCGCAGUGUCCAACAGGACCCCGCCAUGUUGUCAGAGCAGUCUUCAGGGCGAUACAUCGUCAGCGACGACGUGGAGCUGCCAGAGGAUCGCGCCCAGUACAGCGACGUGAACCUACUUCGACAAGCCCUCCUCGACGCCCGUGAGUUCCUUCGCUCAGGCUAUACGGAAAUCCACUUCCGAGGCUGGAGGCGCGACGAACCGAUGAAGCUUCUCUGCGCACGGAGUGCCAAGCAGCAUGAGGGCACGAUGGAACUCUACCUCACCUACGAGGACGGCGGCGAGGAAGAGGGCCUGCUGCAUCCGGCAGGAACCGGUUGCACUGGACCGUUGCUCGCGUUUGCCAGCAGACGCCAAGACGGCAUUCCAGCUCCUCGACGACGGCUGGGACGUGCUCAUACAAUCUUCUUCUUCAAGAACGAUCUGGUGGAGUGGACGGCGGCUCGCGGCGAGGCAAAAAGGUGCAAGGAGGGCCUGGUGCAUCACAUGCGGCCGCGCUCCUCCAUCAUGUCGCAGUCGGGCAUACAGGUGCUCAGUCUCAGCGGGAACAACGUUGGAGGCGGAGACACGGACGAGUCCCGAAGGUACUCCGGAAGCAAGGCCAGAGCGCUAUGGGGCUCGGGGUACACGGUUUUAAGCGGAGAAGACGGCGGAGGCGGGGACAAGGAAGACGGCGGAGGCGGGGACGAGGCCGGAGCACUUGUCCUCAACCAAUAUGGGGUUUCAGGGAAGGCGGAGGCGGGGCGGGGACGAAGCCGGAGCGCUUAUGUCUCGGGUGCAUGGUCUCAAGCCGAGGAAGGCGAAGGCGGGGACGAGGCCGGCACGGACGAGGCCGGAGUGCUUGUCCUCAACCAAUAUGGGGUUUCAGGGAAAGCGGAGGCAGGGACGAGGUCCGAGGUGUGCGGUCUUAACCUGAGGAACGCAAGCCAGGGACGAGGCGAAGGCGGGGACGAGGCCGGAGCGCUUAUCGUCAACCAAGAUGGGGUUUCAGGCGGGGACGAGGCCGGAGCGCUUAUCCUCAACCAAUGUGAGGUCCGAGGUGUGAGGCGAAGAGGUGCAGCCGCCACGCUUAUCCUCAACCAGAAUGGGGGCCAGGGGGAAGAGGCGCAGCCGCCACGCUUAUCCUCAACCAGAGGCGGGGACCAGGCCGGGGCGAGCAUCCUCAACCAAUAUGGGGUCCCAGGUGCCUGGUCUCCACUCCAAGAAGACCGAGGCGGGGACGAGGCCGGAGCGCUUAACCUCAACCAAUAUGGGGUCCCAGGUGCGUGGUCUCCACUCGAAGAGGACGGAGGCCGGGACAAGGAUGGAGGGGACAAGGCCGAAGUGCUUAUCCUCAACCAAUACGGGGUCCCAAGUGCGUGGUCUCCAUUGCAAGAGACCAAGGCGGGGACGAGGUGCGUUAUCCUCAACCAAUAUGGGUCCCCGGUGCGUGGUGUCAACCUGAAGAAGACGGAGGUGCCUGGUCUCAACCUGAAGAAGACAGAGGCGGGGACAAGGCCGGAGCGCAUAUCCUCAACCAACAUGGG